CGGCCAUAGCAGGCAGGAAACCCACCGGGAGCUGUCGGUGUGUGGAUCAGAACAACACCUCAUUAACCCGGCCGCUGGAACAAACACCUGCCGGGGGUUAAACGUCUCUCUGCGGGGCUCGGAGGACCAGGGCGGAGGAGGGCGGUGCCCUGACGGGGACGCGGUCCGUCGGGCUCCGUCAGCUGACUGGCUGCUCCAGCCGCCGACAUCUUGCCUCCGACCGGAGGAGACGGAGAGUCCGGGCUUUACGGUCAAAUGUCCGGAUGGAGUGACGGUGCGGCCCGCGGGGUGCUGAGGGAGGCCGGCCGGAGACACAGCAGCCUGGAGCGUCUGAGAAUAUUUUUACACAUCAACCGAAAAUCUGGUUCGCUGUGACUCUUCAUUAUGCUUGGCUCUGACUGACAGCGGCGGCCAUGAUUGGAGGACUCUUCAUCUACAACCACAAGGGGGAGGUGUUGAUCUCCAGAGUUUACCGCGAUGACAUCGGGCGAAAUGCGGUUGACGCCUUCCGGGUAAACGUCAUCCACGCCCGGCAGCAGGUCCGCUCACCAGUCACCAACAUCGCCCGGACCAGCUUCUUCCACGUCAAACGCUCCAACAUCUGGCUGGCGGCCGCCACCAAGCAGAACGUCAACGCUGCCAUGGUGUUCGAGUUCCUCUAUAAGAUGUGCGAUGUCAUGACUGCGUACUUCGGCAAGAUCAGCGAGGAGAAUGUCAAGAACAACUUCGUCCUGAUCUACGAGCUGCUUGAUGAGAUUCUGGACUUUGGUUACCCUCAGAACUCAGAGACCGGAGCUCUGAAAACCUUCAUCACUCAGCAGGGAAUCAAGAGUCAGCACCACAGCAAAGAGGAGCAGUCCCAGAUCACCAGCCAGGUCACCGGGCAGAUCGGCUGGAGGAGGGAAGGAAUCAAGUACCGACGGAACGAGCUGUUCCUGGACGUGUUGGAGAGCGUCAACCUGCUGAUGUCACCGCAAGGCCAGGUGCUCAGCGCUCACGUCUCUGGCCGGGUGGUGAUGAAGAGCUACCUGAGCGGGAUGCCCGAGUGCAAGUUUGGGAUGAACGACAAGAUCGUCAUCGACAAGCAGGGCAAGGGAGGAGGCUCCGAGGACGCUGCCAAGAGCGGUAAACAGUCGAUAGCGAUCGACGACUGCACCUUCCAUCAAUGCGUCCGCCUCAGCAAGUUUGACUCUGAACGCAGCAUCAGCUUCAUCCCUCCUGACGGGGAAUAUGAGCUCAUGAGGUACCGAACCACCAAAGACAUCAUCCUGCCCUUCAGAGUGAUCCCUCUGGUCAGGGAGGUCGGUCGCACCAAGCUGGAGGUCAAAGUGGUCAUCAAGUCCAACUUCAAGUCGUCGCUGCUCGCUCAGAAAAUCGAGGUCCGUGUUCCCACCCCUCUGAACACCAGCGGAGUUCAGCUCAUCUGUAUGAAGGGAAAAGCCAAAUAUAAAGCCAGCGAGAACGCCAUUGUGUGGAAGAUAAAGCGAAUGGCGGGGAUGAAGGAGUCUCAGAUCAGUGCAGAGAUCGAGCUGCUUCCCACCAACGAUAAGAAGAAGUGGGCCAGACCUCCCAUCUCAAUGAACUUUGAGGUCCCAUUUGCUCCCUCGGGUCUGAAGGUUCGCUACCUAAAGGUCUUUGAGCCCAAACUCAACUACAGCGACCAUGACGUCAUUAAAUGGGUUCGCUACAUUGGUCGCAGCGGGAUCUAUGAGACGCGCUGUUGAUGCCACCAGGGCUCAAUGUGACAUCAUUGUUAUUGUUGUUGUCGUCGUGGUGAUCUUCAGACACAGAUACAUUUCCUGUUUAUUAUCUUCCGUUUACAAACUCAUAUUCUGCUCUGUGGCCUCUUAAUUAUUCCUGUUAUCGUUGUUAUUGUUGUUGUUUCUGAGCUGCUGCCAACACGUUCCUGUGUUUAGCUCCCAAGGGACACUGAUCAGCCAAUCACAUUCCAGGAAGCAUAAGUGGGCAGGGGUUAACAAUAACUGGAAGUAGAGUUCUGAGCUAAAUUCAUCUUCUUUGUGUUUGUGUGAAGGCAGAAACCCAACAGACCCAAAACCAACAGAAACAGACUCUUUAAUCCAGACCUCGAUGCUUUAAGCCAGAUCUAAAGCAGACCUUAAGACUUCAAACCAGACCUGGAAACUUGAAACCAGGCCUAGACACUUUAAACCAGGCCUAGACACUUUAAACCAGGCCUAGACACUUUAAACCAGACUUGAACCAGACCAGGAUACAUUAAACCAUAUAUAAACCAGACCUAGACACUUUAAACUGGACUUGACCCAGACCUGAAUACAUUAAACCAUAUCUAUACCAAAUCUGGACACAUUAAACCAGAUGUAAACUGGACUUGGGCACUAAACCAGACUUGACCCAGACCUAGAAGCUUGAAACCAGACUUGAACCAGACCCGGGCACUUUAAACCAGACUUGACCUAGACCUAGAAGCUUUUAACUAGAUGUAACCAGACCUGGGCACUUGAAACCAGACCUUGACAGAUUAAACCUGACCUGAACCAGGCCUGAGUACAUUAAACAAUAUCUAAACCAGACCUGGACACUUUACACUAGACGUGAACAAGACCUAGAAGCUUUAAACCAGACUUGGACACUUUAAACUAGACAUUGACACAAUAAACCAGAUCUAAACCAGACCUGGAAGGCUAAACCCAGACUUGAACCAGAUCUGGAAGGUUCAAACAAUAUCUGGACUCAUUACACCAGAUUCAAACUGCACCUGGACAGUUAAAGCCAGGUUUGAACCAGACUCUUUAAACCAGACAUAAACAGAGUGAAAUUCCUGUCUUGUGGUCAGUCUGUGGUAAACUGUGUUACUACCCAGCAUGCAUCUGUGUUUUAUUAUGUUUUUUUUUUUUUUUUACAGUUUUGUAUCCUGAAUCAGUUUGUUGUGUGUAAAUCAAACAAAUGUUGUGACUAAGAAAUGAAGAUGAUGAUGGUUCCUCUGUUUUCUUAGUAAAACCAGUAAGACUGACUUUAAUGUUUCAACCCUCUGUCUAUACAGACUUUGUCAUUGUUUUCCCUUCGCAUAAGAUUCGACCCCCAAUGACAUCAUCACGUGGUUGAGCAAAAGAUGCAGAGAAUAAACUGAUUUAAUUUCAUGAAAA